AUGUCCCAUUUCCAGACAUUUAAUUUUGUGACAAUUUUGAUAUCUACCACUCGUAUCAGAACAACAGUAAGCCACAAAACAAAUGAAGUUAUUUGGCCUGAAGGAACGUUUGGUCUCCCAAGACCAAAAUCUGGUUGCCCUGCAACUGAUCAGUUUGUUUGGGAUCAAGGUUGGAGGCUACAGAACAUGGAAAAGAAAAGUGAAUUUUCAAAAUCCUUUCACAUGUUGGCGGCACUUUCGCCGUCUCUGCUGUCGAGAGCAUUCUGCAUAAAAAGACAAGAUGGUAAAAUUUUAACGACAAAGAAGUGGCCGAAAGGUUCAUACUGUAUCUACCAAUACGGUGGCACGUGUCCAUCGGGAAUGGUGAAUGGAUACAUAAAAUGGGAUGACAAAAGUGAAUCCGAAGGAAACUUGAAUCAGAACCUUGGUAGUUUACCCGAAGGCAAAUAUGAUGAUAAUACAAAAAUCUUUUACUGCUGCCAAAAUCAAAGUAGCUGGCAUGACGUCAUAGAGCUACCAAAUACGUCACCUUUUUAUCUGUUGCCAUAUAAAUCACGUUUACAGAAUUUUAAAGAAUGUCAGCGCGUUAAAUGGGCGCAUGCAACAUUGGAAUAUAUAACAUAUGAUACCGAGAACAAUAACAAUCAAGACGAGUUCGUCGGUCAUCAUAUCCUUACUGACGAACUUAGAGGAAUGCCAAAGGUUUAUUAUUGCUAUUAUGAAAGUUGCCGAUAUAAGCGUCUUAAUGAAACCCGUGGUAAUUUCAAUUCAUCAGUUUUUCCAAGCUACCAAUCAUGUUCCUGGUUAUUGACUGUAGAAGAAUCAUUUGUUGUUUCUCUAAACCUGACAUCAUUAUAUAUUACUGAUUGUAAAGAAAACCUCUUAACCAUCUACGAUGGAGCGAGCGAUGCGACGCCAGUGAUUGAGACACACUGUGGGUUAACGACACCUAAAGAUGUCGAGGUGGUUUCAAGUGGAAAAAAUAUUUACAUAGUUUUACAGUCAGGAAAUUUAUCUGCACACACUGGUAACUACAGUUUUGGUUUCAAAGCCCAGUAUGGUCCGCAAAAAGUAUUUCAAACUCCACGUCGAACACCGCACAAUGUCCAGGCAAUUGCUCUAACAUUUUCUUUUCUACUAUUGAUUUUAAUUGGCGUUGCAGUUGCCAUUGGUUACCGCAGGUCUAAAAUUGAGACCAGGAGUAAGAUGCCUAAGAGCAGAUUCCACGUUCCAUCAACGAUAUCGUUGGAAAUGACAGGAACAGUAGAACCACCAGAGAGGGUGUCGUCUUGUAAAGAGACGCGGAAUCCAUACUACGUAACGGCAAAAUUGUGGGAUGACUCGAGUUUAUCUCGAUCAUCAGAUAAUGUCGCAUACGUCACCUCGCCUGAACUGAAUCAUGGGUAUAUGGAUGCCCCAGGUGUAGAUCAUACGACAUAAAGACAUCGUUGUUUCAUGCAGUAAAUGCUGUCUUUUUUACUAUAAUUACAAGAAAAAGUCCAUAGCAGUAAGUGUGUAUACAAAACUGGGACAUACUAAAAUUAAUGGUGUUUUCCCACGACAAAAGACACUGAUCACGAAGUUGUACUGUUUCAGCAAGAUAAAAAACUGAUAGGUCGCUACAUGUUAUGUUGCUAGUUGGUCAUGUCAUUAUAAUAUCGUUUUUCAGCAUUUGCUCGUAGCUAUAGGCAUGCAACUAUUAAUAUCCGUAUAUAAUUAAAUCA